AUGCCACCAAAAAAGAAGGGAGUCGUCGAAAAGCCAAUUUUGCUUGGAAGACCAGGUAACAACUUAAAGUCCGGUAUUGUUGGCUUGGCCAACGUCGGAAAGUCCACGUUUUUCCAGGCCAUCACCAAGUCCCCUCUUGGUAACCCUGCCAACUACCCUUUCGCCACUAUCGAGCCAGAAGAAGCCAGAGUCAUUGUGCCUUCUGCCCGUUUCGAUAAAUUGUGUGAGAUGUACAAGCCCAAGUCCGAGGUUCCUGCCUUCAUGACCAUCUACGAUAUUGCUGGUUUGACCAAGGGUGCCCACGCCGGUGAAGGUUUGGGUAACAAUUUCUUGGCCAACAUCAGAGCCGUGGACGCCAUUUACCAGGUCGUUAGAUGUUUCGAGGAUGCUGACAUCAUCCACAUCAACGACGAGGUCAACCCAAUCAACGACUUGGAGAUCAUCAAGGAUGAGUUGAGAUUGAAGGAUAUCGAGUUUGCCCAGAAGCACUUGGAGGGCAUUGAGAAAAUCACCAAGAGAGGCGGCCAAUCUUUGGAGGUCAAGCAGAAGAAGGAGGAGGCCGAGUUGGUCAAGAGCAUCAUCGAGUUGUUGGAGACUGGCGGCAGAGUCGCCAACCAGAAGUGGACCCAGAAGGAGGUCGAGGUCAUCAACUCCAUGUUCCUUUUGACGGCCAAGCCUUGUAUCUACUUGCUUAACUUGAGUGAGAGAGACUACGUCAGAAAAAAGAACAAGUGGUUGUUGAAGAUCAAGGAGUGGGUUGACGCCAACUCCCCUGGCGAUGUUGUCAUUCCGCUCUCCGUCUCCAUGGAGUCCCACUUGGCCACUUUGGAAACGGACGAGGAGAGAGAAGCCUACAUCAAGGAAGUUGGUGCUGGCUCUGCUUUCCCCAAGAUCAUCACCACCAUGAGAAACAAGUUGGACUUGAUUUCCUUCUUCACAGGUGGUCCAGAUGAAGUGAGAGAAUGGACCAUCAGAAGAUGGUACACCGCCCCUCAAGCCGCUGGUACUAUCCACACUGAUUUGGAAAGAACCUUUAUCUUGGCCAACGUGAUGAAGUACGAUGACUUCAUUGAGUACGGUGACGAAGUGGCCGUCAAGUCCGCUGGUAAGUUGAUGCAAAAGGGUAAGGACUACUUCGUGGAAGAUGGUGACAUUUUGCACGUCAAGGCUGCCGAUGGAAAAGCCCGUUAA